AUGGACCAAACUGAACUCUGCUUUCCACAACUAUUCAACUCCUCUUGUGUGCGGCAAAAGCAUUCACAAAUUGAAGCUGUGUUUAUUUACACCCCACUGUCUUCCAUCUCUGUGCUUACUGCAAUUCUGAACCUGCUUGUGAUCAUCUCCAUCGCUCACUUCAAGCAGCUGCACACCCCAAACAACCUCCUCCUCCUCUCUCUGGCCGUCUCAGAUUUCUUCGUGGGCCUCAUCAUGGCUUGUCAGAUUAGUCUCCUAGAUGGCUGCUGGUUUCUUGGUGACCACAUGUGUGCUCUGUAUAGCAGUUUAGAUUACAUUGCUACUUCUGCUUCAGUAGGAACUAUGGUACUCAUAUCAGCUGACCGCUAUGUAGCCAUUUGUGACCCUCUGCAUUAUCCCACCAAAAUUACUAUAAAAAGAGUCUCAGUCUGUAUUUGUACUUGCUGGGCUUGUUCAAUUCUGUAUAACAGUCUUAUCAUGAAGGAUAAUUUCAAGCAGCCAGGGAGGUAUAAUUCUUGUUCUGGUGAUUGUGUAGUUGUCAUUGACUACUUUGUGGGAAUUGUUGACUUUGUUUUGACCUUUGUCGGCCCUGUGACUGUCAUCAUAGUUCUGUAUCUAAGAGUAUUUGUGGUGGCUGUGUCUCAGGCUCGGGCAAUGCGCUCUCAUAUCACUGCUCUCAGACUCCAGGGGUCAGAGACGUUGCACGCUAAGAAAUCUGAGCUGAAAGCUGCCAGGACUCUCGGUGUACUUGUUAUUGCCUUUCUGAUAUGUCUUUUCCCAUUUUUCUGUUCCUCAAUGGUAGGCCAGAAUAGUUUCUUUGAUAUUAGAUCUGUACCUUUUGAGCGCAUGCUGUUCUAUUUUAACUCUUGUCUGAACCCGUUAAUCUACACUUUUUGCUACCCCUGGUUUCUGAAAUCUAUUAAGCUCAUUGUGACAUUUAAGAUAUUUAGGCAUGGCUCCAGUGAGGCCAGUAUACUAUAGGGAAAAGUGAUUUUGGUAAUGAGUAAGGCAUACAGUCUUUGACACUGAAAAACUGAUAAAUGAUUAUUUAUUUCAAGUCUGAUGAAACAUAUAUCUGCUAGAGUUUGCUUUACAUUUAGAUUUCCAGGGCUAGUAUUCUAAUCCUCUGUUACACCAUGACAAAAUCAGGUGUUCGUUUCUCUAAUUUAAAUGAAUGUGAAUCCAUCACAAAUUCUGAAAACCAUCACUAACUAAACUAAACUAAAUGAAGAUGUGUAAUAUGCUAGUUUUACAUGGGAGCCUAAUUUACAUCUACAGCCUUCAGCUGUAAAAAAAAAAAAUAAAAUAAAAAUGCUUGUCUUAGCAGUGUAAUAGAUGUGUUAAUAAAUUAACAACCAUUCUUACUGAAACACUGAA